CGACGCCAGAUAAAAAGAUUAGAUAAUACUCACAAAGGAAUAGAGAAAAUUACACGAGAGUAAGAAAACCUAUUAAAAACACUUAGUUACAGAAAGUGUAAGCGAAAUCUUAUCGAACAGAAAAAACGGCAAAACUGGAAGCGAGUUCCCGCCAAGAGCGAUGACAUGUGUCUUUGUUGUGUGAAAGGCAAUUGUAAUAACUAACCGCUUUCGAGUUUGAGGUAAGAAAAAAAAAAUCAAUCAGAAAGGAAGAAAACGAAGAGGCAGAGACGAAAAGGAAAAAAUCUUUGAAAACAUUUAUGUCAGAAAUUUCUUUGUCUUCCCGGCUGCCAUGAAAUCAAUUACUACCAUAUUUAUUUCAUAGUAAACUUAAAAAUUUCCUCAGUAACUUUCCUUCCUCCUCCUCUACCGUUUCUGCCUUGAAGCUCUCUGUUUUCUCUUUCUUUCGGCUGCUCGAUUCCGGAUCUUCAAGUUCGAUCGAUUUCUCCUCAUGUCGGGUCCUCUUGAUCGAUUCACAAGACCCUCCUGUUUUGAAGGUUUCUCCAACAGCGAUGAGAGAAGAGAACAACGGAAGUCGGAUUUCGAGGUUUCAGAGGACGAGAAAAAAACUAGAAUCGGGAUUUUCAAGAAGAAAGCAUCAAAUGCUUCUAGCAAACUCAGGCGUUCUCUGAGCAAGAGAAGAAGGCUAAGCAAGGGAAGAAGCAUCGAUCGUUAUCCAUCUCUUACCUUUGAAGACAUUCAUGAUGCCGAUGAACUCCGAUUCGUCUCUGAAUUCCGACAAUCUCUCCUCUCUGCUGCUCUGCUUCCUCCAAGUCUUGAUGAUUAUCACAUGAUGUUGAGAUUCCUUUAUGCAAGGAAAUUUGACCUUGGAAAAGCAAAGUUAAUGUGGGCUAACAUGGUUCAAUGGAGAAGGGAUUUUGGUACAGACACAAUUUUGGAGGACUUUGAGUUUCCUGAAUUGGAUCAAGUUCUCAAGUACUACCCUCAGGGAUAUCAUGGUGUUGACAAGGAAGGAAGACCUGUUUACAUCGAAAGAUUGGGAAGAGUCGACCCUUGCAAACUCUUGCAAGUGACUACAUUGGAAAGGUACUUGAGAUAUCAUGUUAAAGAGUUUGAGAAAACUGUCACUAUCAAGUUCCCGGCUUGCUGCAUCGCUGCUAAGAGACACAUCGACUCCAGUACAACGAUUCUGGACGUCCAAGGCGUGGGCCUCAAGAAUUUUACUAAAUCUGCGCGGGAUCUUAUAACCCAGCUGCAAAAGAUUGAUAAUGACAACUACCCUGAGACACUUCACCGUAUGUUCAUCAUCAAUGCCGGCCCUGGUUUUAAGCUACUUUGGGGCACGGUGAAAUCGUUUCUUGAUCCUAAGACUGUCUCUAAGAUAGAUGUCCUUGGCAACAAGUACCAGAACAAAUUACUUGAGAUGAUUGAUGCAAGCCAGCUGCCAGAUUUUCUCGGUGGUACUUGCGCUUGUGCAGAUCAAGGAGGAUGUAUGAGAUCUGAUAAAGGGCCUUGGAAAGACCCUGAGAUACUAAAGAUGGGUCGCGGUGGUGGGACGUUCUGUAGGCAUGCUGGUGCUUUCCUAAGCAGUGAUUCCCAAAUUUCUUCAUCUGAUAAGCCAACUUAUUAUGGGAUGAAAACUAGUGACACAUCAACAGCAGAGUCAGGGUCUGAAUUGGAAGAGAUGGCUUCACCGAAAACAAAUCAUGUACCUAAGUUGACUCCUCUUUCUGAAACUAUCAAGGCCAAUGGUAAAAUGAGUCCUACUGUUUUAUCUGAGUAUGAAGACUGUGUGCCAAUGGUGGACAAAGUUGUGGAUGUUUCUUGGCAGUCCCAAGAGAUGUCAAACGCUUCCCAAGGUCCGGAAUAUUCAUCAAGUUUUGGAAAAAUAGGAACAGUUAGUCAUAGCUGCAGGUGGCUAGCUGCGUUCUUUGUAAACCUUUUCGCACUCUUCGCUUCUCUGUCUCUGCCACAGACUAAAAGACACUCACAGUUGAUUUCUUCAAGCGCAAGAUCUGAGCUGUGUGAUGAACUAAAUGCGAGAGAGUCUCGUCCUCCUUCGCCUUCUCGUCCAAGUUCCAUCACUGAAAGAGUUGCUAUUUCCUCUGUUUUAAGCAGACUAGGUGAUCUUGAGAAACAGGUAGAAACCCUUCACUUAAGGAAAUCCGAGAUGCCUCACGAGAAAGAAGAGUUGCUCAAUGCUGCUGUUUAUCGCGUGGAUGCACUAGAAGCAGAGCUCAUCACCACGAAAAAGGCAUUACAUGAGGCUUUAAUGAAGCAAGAAGAACUUUUGGGUUACAUAGACCGGCAAGAGGAAGCUAAGUACCGGAGGAAGAAGUUCUGCUGGUGAAGAGAACUCAAGUUUGCGAGGUAAUCAACAAAAAUUGAUCGUGAAGCGAUCUGAUUAUAGAGCAUGGAAGAUUGGCACAUAUAGGUCUGAAGGCAUGUUUCAGUGGAUUUUCAUGUAUAUAAGAUAAGAAGUAACUUGCAGUGAGAUUUCAUUCUAAUCUUCCUUGUUACGUCCUUUGUUGGAUCUGCUUGAUACUAUUAAUUGGUGUUUGUGAGUUGUGACAUUGGAUUUUUUAGAGGUCCAAAUAUUAAAAAAUAAAAAAAGAA